AUGGUGAGCAAGAAGGCAGCUCUGAUGGUGGUGAUGGUAGUGGCGAUGGCUAUUGUAGCCGAGAGGUCAGUGGAUGCGAUCGACCUCUGUGGCAUGACCCAGACAGAUAUGGACGAGUGCAAGCCAGCGGUGACCAAAGACAGUCCGACCAACCCAUCAAAGCUUUGCUGCAACGCUCUUGAACACGCUGACUUCAACUGUCUAUGUGGCUACAAGCACUCUCCUUGGCUCGGUACUUUGGGUGUUGAUCCCGAUCUCGCUCUUGGACUCCCUACCAAAUGCGGUGUAGCCAACGCCCCAACUUGUUAA